ACAUUCGCGAGCGCAGCAGCCACCCUGUCUGUCACAGAUGGAGCGAUCUGCGGCGUGAGCACCGAGAUCGGAGCGGACAAGGGCGAGAAGGGGCAACCGCAGCAGGUGGAAACCUGAUCCAGAGCGGGCGAGCAAGAAGAAAGUACCUGAGCACCGCUCCUACUCCGCCCCGUCAGCUAACGAGAACUACUUUUACCCUCGUAAAAGAGACUUAGAGACGGCGGAGGCGAUCUGUUUCAUUAGGAGGGCUGCAGGGAAAUUCUGACCAGAGCAAGCCGCCGCCCCGUACACCGAACAGAGCGAUCUCGGGCUUCUGAGGAUAAACGCUUUCCGGAGAAUUCCAGCUGGAGUCGCUGGUACAGUUCUAUUUUUGUAUUUAGAUAUAUAUGUUCUUUGCCUUCCAUUUAAAAAAAAAAAAAACACGGCCCUUGUCUGUUAGCAGUGACACGUGUGACUCUCAUUUGCUGUCACUUUGAGAGGGUAGGAGCGCUCUCUUAUUUCUGAAAAGGGCGUUCUAAUUGGAAACUCUGUUUUUUUCCACGUAUCUAUACAUUUACACACACGAGCGUUUAGAAAGAGACUGCUCCUUUUAGCUUUUGGCGGUCGGAACCCUACGGAGAAAGAUGGAAAAGGGAGCCCGACAGCGAAACAACACCGCGAAGAACCACCCGGGUCGCGGGUCUAACAGCAGCACGGAGGCCGAGGCUAGCUCGGGAGGGGGCGGAGUAGCCCUGAAGAAAGAGAUCGGAUUGGUCAGCGCCUGUGGUAUCAUUGUAGGGAACAUCAUCGGCUCUGGAAUCUUCGUCUCACCGAAGGGUGUGCUGGAGAAUGCCGGCUCUGUGGGCCUUGCGCUCAUUGUCUGGAUCGUGACAGGUGUCAUCACAGCUGUAGGAGCCCUCUGCUAUGCUGAGCUAGGUGUCACCAUCCCUAAAUCUGGAGGCGAUUACUCCUAUGUCAAGGACAUCUUCGGAGGACUGGCUGGGUUCCUGCGGCUGUGGAUUGCUGUGCUGGUGAUCUACCCUACCAACCAAGCUGUCAUCGCCCUCACCUUCUCCAAUUAUGUGCUGCAGCCACUCUUCCCUACCUGCUUCCCCCCUGAGUCCGGCCUGCGACUCCUGGCCGCCAUCUGCUUGCUGCUGCUCACAUGGGUCAACUGCUCCAGUGUCCGAUGGGCCACCCGGGUUCAAGAUAUCUUCACAGCUGGAAAGCUCCUGGCCCUGGCUCUGAUCAUCAUCAUGGGUGUUGUGCAGAUAUGCAAAGGAGAAUUCUUUUGGCUGGAGCCAAAGAAUGCAUUUGAGAAUUUCCAAGAACCUGACAUCGGCCUCGUCGCUCUGGCGUUCCUCCAGGGCUCCUUUGCCUAUGGAGGCUGGAACUUCCUUAAUUAUGUGACUGAGGAGCUUGUGGAUCCUUACAAGAACCUUCCUAGAGCCAUCUUCAUCUCCAUCCCUCUGGUCACAUUUGUGUACGUCUUUGCUAAUGUUGCAUAUGUCACCGCAAUGUCCCCCCAGGAGCUGCUGGCCUCAAAUGCAGUCGCUGUGACUUUUGGAGAGAAGCUCCUCGGGGUCAUGGCCUGGAUCAUGCCCAUUUCUGUUGCCCUGUCCACAUUUGGUGGAGUCAAUGGCUCCCUCUUCACCUCCUCCCGGCUGUUCUUUGCUGGAGCCAGAGAAGGCCACCUUCCCAGCGUGUUGGCCAUGAUCCACGUGAAGCGCUGCACCCCAAUCCCAGCCCUGCUCUUCACAUGCCUCUCCACCCUGCUGAUGCUGGUCACCAGUGACAUGUACACACUCAUCAACUAUGUGGGCUUCAUCAACUACCUCUUCUACGGGGUCACAGUUGCAGGGCAGAUAGUUCUUCGCUGGAAGAAGCCUGACAUUCCCCGCCCCAUCAAGGUCAGCCUGCUGUUUCCCAUCAUCUACUUGCUGUUCUGGGCCUUCCUGCUGAUCUUCAGCCUGUGGUCAGAGCCUGUAGUGUGUGGCAUUGGCCUGGCCAUCAUGCUGACAGGAGUUCCUGUCUACUUCCUGGGAGUCUACUGGCAACACAAACCCAAGUGUUUCAAUGACUUCAUUGAGUCCCUAACCCUAGUGAGUCAGAAGAUGUGUGUGGUCGUGUAUCCCCAGGAGGGGGACUCGGGGACUGAGGAAACAGUUGAUGACAUAGAGGAACAGCAGAAGCCCAUCUUCCAGCCUACUCCUGUCAAGGACCCAGACUCGGAGGAGCAGUCCUGAAGACUGCCAGCCUUUAACUGGCUACUCCUUUCUUCAUCCUUUCUGCCCUGUAUCCCUGCCUAGGUCCUCCCAACACACACACACACACACACACACACACACACACACACACACACACACACUCUUCUGUAAGGCAGGGGCCAGACCUGGGUGUCCACAGUGAGACAUUCUAAACAAAGACCCUGACCUUUGUACCCAAAGAACCUGCUUCCAGCACCGAGGCCCACAGUCAAGGUCAGUGCACCGGGGCCUGCACACACCCUAAGGUUUAGAGGAGAGUAGAGGUGCCAUCGGUACCCUACAGGGCCCUUCUUCCUGGGCCCCUUAGGUGCCUCUAAGAAACCUGGGUUCACUACUAUUUCUUCUCCCUAACCCUGAGCCCAGGUGAAGCUUCCAUUGGAGAAAAGGUAGCAGCCCCAGCAAGUUAGCUAGGGAAGACAACUCAGAUUGUCACCAUUAACAGUCAGCUGGAGAGACCCAGAUGUGGCUUCAUUUAGCAGGGAACCAAAAGGCAGAGGGUUCACUUCUCUCUGCCUUCUCCACUCUGUACUACCACAACUCCACUGCCCAGCCUCCAUCCACUACCCAGAAAGUCCCAUUUCAGGAUGCCUCCUCCCCACUGAGCUAAGGACCAAGAAGGAGGACUGCCCUACCCCCAGCUCUAAGCCAGCCUUUCCCCUACAUGUUGUGUCCCCUUGUGGUGCCAAAGCUCCUUGAAGCCAGAAAGACUUCUUAUAUUCAGUCUAAUAGACAUCUCUCUCUUAAGGGCAAAGUGACUCAGCUCCUCCCUGUGCCCUGUGUGAAAGAGUAGCAACCCUCUUCCCACCCACAGCUGUGCCUGCCUCGCUCAUCCCUUUCCUCCCCUGCACCUUUGUAUGAAGGAUCCCCAAGUCCUUCAGGCCUGAAAUUAGAGUCAAACCUUAGCCUUAAGUUAUCUCCCAUCCAAGAACUGGGCCUAAAAUGCUCCCUGUUUCUAACCUUCAGGACAGACCUGAUGUUAAAUCCUUCCCUGGAAGGAAGGGUGCUUUCUCCCUUCCCAGAGGUGCUCAUCUCUCACCCUGGGGAGACCAUGUUGUUGGUGGAGUGGGGAGAAUGUUUUCUGAAGGCUGGGUUCCAGUUCCUCUCCCCUCCCCCAACUCAAACAAUCCCACCACCAUUCUGCCAUCCUACCUGGGACAAGGGGACAGAAUGGCACUCACUUUGGAGACCCCAGAAAAGCCCCUUCCAGGAGAGCUGCUGACCUGUGCUCUACAGAAAGGUGACAGUGUUUGCCUUCUCCUGGCAGCCUCCACACCUGCUGUGCUUAGGGCAGGAUCCUUUGAUCAUAAGGCAGAAACCUAGCCCCAGUUCCAUCUACCCAAACUGGAAUGCCCAGGGGCCUUUUCCUGGCCCCUGCCAGCAGGUCUCCCAACUUCCCACCUAGCUCACCCUACCCCUAACUGGUGAGAGGCUGGGUUUGGGCUGAAUUAUGGCCCUUCAGAAUACAGUCCAGGCAGGCUGUGGGGCCUCUGGGGGGCCAGGGACCACCCCGUUACCCCUUUCCUCUCAUUCCUUCAGCCUGUACCUGCCCCCUCCUUGAAUUAUUGUCUCUCUCUUUUUUUAAGUGGAUGCCUUACUUUUUGGAUAACUAUUUUUGAAGCUGGUAUUUCUAUUUCUUUUGGAUUUUUUAAUGUACGGUGGUUUGGGGCAGAGCUAGAACCUUAAUAAUCUGUCACUAAGUUUGUUUCAGUUUUAAAUGGUUUUAUUGGUUUGUUUUAUGGAGUAUUUUCUUUUCAUGUAAUAAAACUUUAAAUU